AUGGGCAAAAUGUCCGAAUACAAGAUCUCGUACAAUCCCGAGCUGGAUACGUAUCAACUCUACCACCGCUACGAAGAAACUCCUCCUAGAGAAGAUUGGAAAACCGCUGCCCUCCGGGGCCCCGCUCUCCCCGCGCUGGGGAACGCCGUUGCCGGUGCCGUCGGGGCAGCAGUCUCCAACCUCGCCACCUACCCGCUCAGUCUGAUCAUCGCGCGAUUGCAGACGCAGAGUCAACGGAAGAAGGAGAAGGGGAAGAGGAAAUCUGAGAGCGAGGACGACACCGAAGAAGACACGGAAGAAUAUACCGAUUUCGUCGAUGCCGCUCGCAAGAUCUACGCUCGGGAGGGUCUGGGGAGUUUCUACACCGGUUUGGCGCAGGAUACGGUGAAGACUGUUGCGGACUCGUUCCUCUUCUUCUUGGCGUAUGGGUUCUUCCGGCAACGGAGGAUCAAUGCGCGGUUUGGUGCGAAUAGGCGGACAAAGCAUACGGUGCUUCCCGUGCUGGACGAGUUAGCGGUGGGCGUGUUGGCGGGCGCGUUCGCCAAACUGUUCACGACGCCGUUGGCGAACAUUGUGGCCCGGAAGCAGACGUCGCAGGCCUCGAUGCGCACCAGGGAUAUUGCGGCGAAGAUCAAGGCGGAGAAGGGGCUCAGGGGGUUCUGGUCGGGAUAUUCGGCGUCGCUGAUUCUGACCCUGAAUCCCUCGAUUACUUUCUUCUUGAAUGAAGUGCUCAAGUACGGGUUUCUUCGUCGGGCCCAGCGAGGUGGUCGUUCCUCGUCGGCCAUUAUUACGUUCCUGUUGGCUGCGAUCAGCAAAUCGGCCGCGUCGACGGUCACCUACCCGUUCUCUAUGGCCAAGACGCGAGCCCAGGUGACGGGCUCCAAUCUGUCGACUCCUGCGAAGAGUGCAGACAGCGGCGAGAAGGAUGAUGCCGACGAGGGAAUUUUCUUGACGCCGGCAAUUAUCUCGAACGUGAUCGCGAUCGCGCGAACGGACGGGAUCUCGGCGCUCUACGCCGGCUUGUCUGGAGAGGUAGUAAAGGGAUUCUUCUCCCACGGUUUCACUAUGCUAGCGAAAGAUGCUGUUUAUUCUGCUAUCGUCCAGAGCUACUAUCUCCUUCUCGUGGUCCUGAGGAGAUACCCGACGCCUGACGAACUCAUCGAACGCGCGCGCGAACAGGCCGAGGAGUGGGCGGAUGCAGCCCGAGAUGGCGCCCGAGAUCUCGCUGACAAGGCGCGACAGGACGCCGGAGGGAUCCUGGGCAGUCAUACGGGCAACGUGGCGGUCGAGAUGACCUCGACCAGCGGACCUAGCGGUGUAGAUUUCUGGUCGGAUUCCAACGAGACGGCGGAGAUGGUAGGCGACUAUGUGGAAGACGAGGCUGCCGAGUGGAGGAGCCUGUACCACUGGUUUUGGGAGAAGGAGAAAUUCGGCAAAGAAAUAUUAAUACCCACAGCCCUAUGCGGAGAUCCAUACCAGCCGGUGGAGCCCAAAGCACUAGAAGCAGCCGAGAUCGAUCCGCAGCCUUUCCUCGCCCACUCGACUUGCCUUCCAGACUUUCUUUCUUUCCCCCAUUUUCCCCUCAGCUCUUGGCUGCUCUUCUUCAUGGAGACCGAACCACGCAGUGGUCCCGGACUGGGGGACCUUGAGAAAGAACUCACUUGCUCGAUAUGCACAGACCUUCUAUACCAACCCCUCACCCUCCUCGACUGCCUGCAUACAUUCUGCGGCUCCUGUCUGAAAGAAUGGUUCGCCGUGCAAGGCGCCCGUCGCCGAUCAUCGUCCUCCCCGCGCUUCACCUGCCCCUCAUGUCGCGCUGUCGUGCGCGAAACCCGUCCCAAUGCCACCGUCACUACGCUACUGGAUAUGGUCCUCGCUAAUAACCCGGAGCGAGCGAAGCCCGAGGACGAGAGGGAGGAGAUCGCUCAGAAGUACAAGCACGGGGAUUCGGUGUUUCCGGUCGCCGCAGCGGAGAGUGCGUCUGGUGGUAGGGAGGACGAGGAUGACCGCAGGUUGUUGGAGGAGGUGAGGGACUUGAGUUUGAGGGAUGCGAGACGGACAGGCAGGGAGUCGAGGAGUCGUUCCGGGAGGGCCGAGAGUGUCGAUGAGGAUGCGAGGUCUAGGCGACGGAGGGAGGACGAGAGAGCCGCGAGAAGACAACAACAGCAACAGCGCGCACUACGACCGGAGGAUGCGUCGCGCCGGACGAGGCAGAUUGAACAUCAGAGUAGUUUGCGGUCGUUGCUAAGUUUGUCGGAUACUGAGACAAUGGAGGAGGAGAUCCUGCGCCAGAUUCUGGAGGAGGGCUUGCUCGAGGAUAUUGAUUUGGAUAACUUGGGGCCACGCCAGGAAGAGGAACUGAGUGAGCGGAUUGCCGACGCUUAUCGACGGAGACAUCGCUUGCGGUCGCGAUCGCAGCAGAGACAGGAGGGCGGUGAUACAACGUCGCAGGCUUCGUCCCGGCCUCGUGCGAGAUCGCAGUCGGUGCAAAGGCCUCCCCCGUCCAGUUCUACGUCAACGAUGUCGCCUCGUGAAUCCCCGAGAAAUCCGCCAGUGUCGAGGCCGUAUCUGUUGGACCCGCUCGUUUCGCGAUCGGACCAGUCAGGCCAUCAGAGACGGCUGUCGGACCAGGGAAGCAGUCGGCGGAGGACGUCUCCAGUCCCUGUCAACCCGGCAUCCUCGUCAGAAGUCUCGUUGAGACCGGCUGCGAGGUCGUCAGGUGAUAUGGUUGCGGAGCGCCCUCGCAAUUCAUACUCUGAGCGGGCGAGGGCGUCCGAUUCUAUGGCUCCACGGUCACGGAGAGCAACUGCAUCCGAGCAAAGCGUCCCGAAUAUAUGGGUGGUUGGGGCGAAUGACAGGGAACUGCGACGGCAGCGGCCUGGUCGACAGUCGAUCGACAUUCCUGCUUCAGCUACGUCGCCUCUACAGAACGUGCAAAACAUUCCGAGCCCACGACGUCCAGAGCCUAUCAUCACCAACCCAUCGACGACAAGUUCGUUGGCUGCCGAAGUGAACAGCCCCGGUAGGCAGGAUGCGCGAUCUCGGCCGUCGUCUUCACGAUCCACUGCCUCACAGAUGGCAGCAUCCUAUGUCGAACCGUCUAUUUCAUGCGACCGCUGCGGAAAGGCGAAUAUCCAGUACGACCUGCAUAAAAAGUGUCUCCAGUGCAAAGACGGCGGUUAUUACCUGUGUCUACGAUGUUACCGCUUAGGCCGUGGCUGUCUGGACUGGGCCGGGUUUGGCGCGUCUGCUAAAGCAAACUACGAACGAAUUUGCGCCAUCUCUAAUGGCGGGCCUACACCACCGGCUGAGUCUCAGCAUGUCUUGCUAUCUUGCAAGUACAAACGGCCAGUGGACGGCGUUCGUCGCACACGAGACGGCAGGGAGGUCACCAGCGACGACCCAGCGCGGAGACUGCAGACCGGGCUUUUCUGCGAGAUCUGCCAAUCCCCAGCCAAUGACUGCUUUUGGAAGUGCAACGACUGCAACGAAGGCGAUUGGGGAUUCUGCAAUCGAUGUGUCAACCAAGGAAAAUGCUGCACGCAUGCACUGUUGCCGAUCUGCCGCGUGGCCGCUGACGGUCGCUCCGACCUGCCGACACCAUCACCGGUUCCCAGCGAAGUACGCACCGGCUCGUCAACUCCUCCCACGGCACCCGGGGACCGCGAAACGUUCAAGAUUCUUAGCUUCUCGACCAACUGCGAUAUCUGCACCCAUCCGAUCCCUCCGUCGGUCCUCCGAUUCCAUUGUUUACAAUGCAAUAACGGCGACUACGACAUUUGCGCCAACUGCUAUCUCAAACUCGUGGCGACCGGGAAGAUUCGCAAGGAAAACGGGCACAAUGGCUGGCGACGCUGUUUGAAGGGUCAUCGGAUGGUCGUCAUCGGGUUUGAAGAUCGCGAGGAGGGCCAACAACGGGUGAUUGUGCGCGACUUGGUUGGCGGUCGCGCAUUGAAGGACGAACAUGUCCAGCACUCAUCCUCUGCAUCGGCCUCGCCCGUUGCCGCAGGCACCCCGUCUGGCGAAACUUCCUCGGGCGAUUGGAGCUGGAAGGAAGGCGCCGAGCGACGCAAAAAGGCCUCGCGCGUACGCACCCCGUGGACGAACCUCGAGCGCGAUCGGAACGGAUCCUACCACAGCGCCUCAGAGCCAUCGACGCCCAUCGCUGCCACCUCGAAUCCUUCGACUCGUCGGUUCCCCCCAAAUGGUGGUGUGGGGGUCAUCCUUCAUGCUCUGUGGUCUUGGUACCCGGAGGACGGAAUGCAAGACGAAUUGAUGUUUCCGCGGGGAGCCGAGAUUACCGAGGCGGAGAAUAUCAAUGACGAUUGGUACUGGGGAUGCUAUGCUGGUUCGACGGGAUUGUUUCCCGGGGCGCAUGUUUUUGUGGUGGGCGAGAUUGUUUAG